AUGCGUAUGACUCGCGCUGCUUUGCGAGCUCAGGCUCACGACGAUUCGGACCUGCAUCCCACGAAUAUCCACGAAGACAUCGACGCGAAUGCGUCGCAGAACAACGACGACGACAGUGAAGAGUCUGGCGGCGACCUCGAUCUGCACCCAGCGCGUCGAGCCCUGAAAGAUAUCACGUACGAAAAUAACGCCAAUUCCGAAGACCUUGAAGACCCCGAGAAACACACCAGUGCCGAUCCUACCGCUCAGGAUGGUAACUCAGACGUCAACGAUGGUGUAGUGGACGAGCAGACAGUUCCUGCGCCCGCGAAGAAGACCAGAAACAAGAGGAAGGGGAAGCAAAGCAGAAAAGUAAAAGAUAAGCUUGACGAAGAUUCCAGCAUCAACCACGAAGGAGACGAAGAAAUUGAAGAAACCUCCCCGACAGCGAUGGAAGAAACACAGCCAGGCGACACGAAUGUUUCUGCUGAAGCUACGACUCACGGCAAAGAGGACUUGGCGGAAAUCGGGACAUCACAGGUUGUGACCGAGGAAAUAAACUCGACCAAGUCAAGUGUCUCAUCUGAAACGCUCGACAUCCCUGAGAGUUUCGAGCAACCACCACAAGCAACACCUGGAGUAACAGAGUCCCACCACACGACAUCUUCUGAAGUCGUCGACGGUCCUGUUACCAUGGAUACUGAGGUCAACAACCAUCUCGCGUGUUGUGAAGAAGCCGUGGACGCAACAAAGGCGGAGGAAUCGGAGGGACUGCAGACUUCGAUUUCGACACCCGAGAAUAUUCGUUGUGAUCCGCCCAAGACACCCAAAUUCGACCCAUCCGUCCAUGCGUUAAAUGAAGACGUCGCGACACCUGCUGCAGACACUGCUGAGGAUUCUUUUGUUGACAAGAUCAAAUCUAGGUCUCCUACCAAAAUGCAAAGCCACUCAGAACUCAACCACUCCGAGUCGUUUGUCGAGGGCAUGAUGACACGUACACCGCGGAUCGAAGAUUCUGUCGAAGCCAUCGAUGCUCUAGAAGACGCCAUUGAAAAGGUCUCAGAAGACUUGCCAGUCUUGGAUGGACUUCAAAUCGAAUCCCCUGUGAAAUCGAAGAAGAACAUGCCUGCUCGCGUAUCUGCACAACCCACCGCCCCAGUACCAAGUACUCUUGAAAAGACACGUCGGAGCCCAGCGAAGAAACCCCUCCAACCGACGAAGACAGCUCCUGCAAACAAACCUGCGGGCCAGCCAAAGUCAACUCUUGCACGAGCACCAGCUCCAGCUCCAAAGCCAGCAACUAAGACAAGCGUCGUGACAAAACAGCCUAAGAAACCCAUCAUUGAUGGCCACAAGCCGAGGGAGUCCACCGCUUCCACUCUUCCGUCACUGUCUUUCUCAAAUUCCCCAUCCAAAGCUCUUCCAAACACUUCGCAGAAACGAGUCCCUAGUGCGAGACUGUCCACGGCCAGACCUGCAUUUGUCCCUACCAAAUCGGCAAAGCCACCAACCAAAUCCACUUUCUCUCUACCCGGAGAGGCCAUCUCAGCGAAACUCAAGGCUCAGCGAGAAGAGCGCCUGAAACGCGAAGAGGAAGCCGAGAAGGAGCGAAAGCAGUUCAAAGCCAGACCUGUGCCGACCAAGACAUCUCGACCCAGUGUCCUACCUCGAGAGAAUAAAGCCAGUCAAGCAAGAAUGAGCCUGUACGCCACGGGAGUCAACAAGGAAAACAUUGCGCCGAAACGAGCCUCCGCUCCAGUUCCCACCGACACCAAAGUCCGUCCGUUGUCGAUCGGUGCGAAACCCAGUUCCGAUCAGACGAGAGCCAAUUCGAGCGUUCGACGAGCGACAAAUGUCAUGGAGAAACCGAGACUGUCCACUACCACGAAACCCCGAGUCUCUUCGCUACAGUUGACCGCGGGGCAAAAGUCCACAGUCACGAAGGACGAUGUGGUCCAUCAGAAGGCCAAGGGCAGGGAAGUCUUCAGUCGGAACAAAGCCGAGAUGGAGCGUUUGGAGAAAGAGAGGAGGGAAAAGGAAGAAGCGACACGCCGAGCCCGUGCCGAGGCCGCAGAGCGCGGCAGACAGGCGAGUCGGGAGUGGGCGGAGAAACAGAAGAAGAAGAUGGCUUUGCAGGCUGGCGUCACCAGCGGCACGGCGAACGGCAGUGGUAAAGUCGAUGCGCCGUCACGGCCAGAGUCUGCUGCGGUGGUUGCCUGA